AUGCUACAUGCUACCUGGUCACUUCUCAGUUUCGCUGCUCUCAGCUAUGCUGCGCAGAAGAGGGCGGGGUCUGCAUCGGCAUAUAGUUCCAAUUCCGCUGGGAAUUAUAAGCUUUCUUCCAUCGCAGCCCCCGUUCAAGGCAGCGGCACCCCAGGCUCAGAGUCAACUUGGAAACUGAGCGUCGAUGAUACAAGCACCGGCCACAAACAGACCAUCGUUGGCUUUGGCGCAGCUGUCACGGAUGCGACCGUCACUUCCUUCAAUACUCUGUCCAGCUCGCAACUUCAGGCCCUUCUUAAUGACCUGAUGACCGGCUCUGGCGCUAAUUUCAACUUGAUGCGUCACACCAUCGGAGCCUCGGAUUUAUCUGGAGACCCGGCAUACACCUACGACGACAAUGGAGGCUCUGCGGAUCCAUCCUUGUCGGGCUUCAAUCUUGGGGACCGCGGAACUGCUAUGGCGAAAAUGCUGGCUACCAUGAAGUCUCUGCAAUCGAACUUGAAGAUAUUUGGUUCGCCGUGGAGCGCCCCUGGUUGGAUGAAGUUGAAUGGGGUUAUUGACGGGAACACCCAGAACAACAAUUUGAACGAUGGGUAUUUGAGCGGAGGCACGGGAAGCUCUGGAUACGCCAGCGCAUUCGCCCAGUAUUUCGUGAAGUAUAUACAGGCCUAUAAGAACCUCGGCGCUCACAUCGAUGCAAUUACUGUUCAAAACGAGCCUUUGAACAGUCAGUCUGGCUAUCCGACUAUGUACGUUUAUGCCGACGAGUCCGCACAGCUCAUCCAAAACUACAUCGGCCCCGCCCUUGCAAAUGCGGGCCUAGACACAGACAUCUGGGCAUAUGAUCACAAUACCGAUGUCCCUUCCUACCCUCAGACGGUCAUCAACAACGCAGGGAAAUACGUGGACUCCGUUGCUUGGCAUUGCUAUGCUUCCAAUGUCGAUUGGACUGUCCUCACCCAGUUCCACAACACCAACCCUUCUAUUAAGCAAUACAUGACUGAGUGCUGGACUCCAGCUGGAACCUGGAACCAGGCCGCUGACUUCACUAUGGGGCCUCUUCAAAACUGGGCCUCUGGUGUCACUGCGUGGACACUCGGCACGAACUCGGCCGAUGGUCCCCAUCUCUCCAGCGGCGGCUGCGCCACCUGUCAAGGCCUGGUCACUAUCAAUGGUGGCAGCUAUACCUUCAACCCAGCCUACUAUAUGAUUGCGCAGUUCAGCAAGUUCAUGCCCCCCGGUGCGAUCGUGUUGAAUGGAUCUGGCAGCUAUACCUACUCUAACGGCGGUGGCGUGCAAUCUGUGGCGUCGCUCAAUCCAGAUGGAACUCGCACAGUGGUUAUUGAGAAUACUUUCAGCAAUGACGUUUAUGUCACAGUGUCAACGCAGAGUGGACAGCAGUGGAGUGGAAACGUCCCGAGCGAGUCGGUGACUACCUGGGUGCUUCCGGCGGCGUCCUAG